CUCGUCUACUGCCCCUGCUGGGAUCCCUGGAACUUGGGACCACGGAAACUAAUCGAGACCCCUCAGCCACCAAGAAAGACCUCCCCAGUGAAAUCCAAGCUAACUCCUCCUCCUCCGGCUUCAAAAAAACAAAAUUAUGCCCAACUGAUAACAAAAUCUGUUAUUGCCCCAAAGCUUGCACUACACCUUAUCUUCCACCUUGAGGCCCAGGAAAUAAUAAACGUGUCACCUGGCUACCGCUUAGUUCGGAAUAGGGAGCAGAUUUGCGUCACCUUGGGAGACGAGAUGUCUGCUAGGAAAAAGCAUUCAGAAUCAGAGAACAUGGACAAAGUCAGGACUUCCAGGACUGCUAUCAUUACUGACCUCGAAGAACAGAUCUCAGAGCUGACAGCGAUAAUAGAGCAAAUGAACAGAGCCCAUCGUUCUGCCCAAAAACUGCUCGCCAAUGAAAUGGAUCUCCGCUGUGCUGAGAUGCAGAAGAACUUUGAAAGCAAGAGGAGAGAACUCGAGGAGACUCACGCAGCACAGCUCAGUGAGCUGGAGAAAAACUACAAAGCAGCCUUGAAGGCAGAGAAGUUGGCUGCCCAGGAUAAACUAGAGGAUAUGGGAAAGGAAUAUAAGUAUCUGAAGAAUAUGUUUCAUAUAUAUCAGGACAGCAUUUAUGAUGGAAUGGAGAAGUGGUCAGAGAAGAAGGCAGAAUGGGAGAAGGAGUGGGAAAAGAUCCUGUUACAGCAAAGUGAGUACAGAAAGUUUAGACUUUUUGAUGACAGAUGCACCAAGAAACUAGCAUUAAGUUUGGUCUCAACUUGAGGAAGGCAGCCUUGAAGUCACGAAGGAUGAUGGGGGAGCUGCAUGGCUGGACUCCUGAAUGGAAAGGUGCCUGGAGUCUUCAAGAAAGUGCAACAAGGAUAGAGUCUUUUAUGUAGUUUAGCCACCUGAGGGUCUCAACCAUACCCUCCAGAACUCACUGAUUGCAAGUUUGGCAAUCAUGUGCUGGAACGAGCUUGUGGACAUCUGUAGGAUUGCAGACUUGUUUUCUGGGUACAGGUGACCCCGAAGUUCCAGAAAAAAAGCUCUUGAAUUAGUUUCAAAUAUUCACUUGUUGGGGGAGGGGCAACACAGUCCAUACUCCCACGUCCCCCCUAGAGGAAGCCAUGUUUGAUAUAUUUUUCAAUUGAGAUAUAUUUUAAUUGAUAUAAGGUGUACAACAUGUUGAUUUGAUACAGUCAUAUAUUGCUGUGUAUUUUUUAAAUAUUUCCAACACUUAGCACAGAGCCUGGAUCAUACAUAGUGCCCUAUAGGACACUUUCCUACCUCCACUGAGCUUCUUCAUAAAUGGAAAAAAGAGAGAGAAAUCUCUGGAAACUGCUCCCUGACCUAGAGGACUAGUUGAGGUAGAAUUGGGGGCUCUAUAAACCUAUUCCACAUCCUAGCCCAACACAAUUCAGAUCAGAUUUAGUUGAUAUUCACAAAUCACUCAUAUAAAUGCAGAUACUCCCUGGGAAAGGUCAUCCUUAAAGCCCUUCCCACCCUGGACUCCCAGGAGGUAGCAUGAAGACCCUGGAGUCAAGGCUGGGGAAUGGGGUGUGGAGCUGCUCCUGUCUGAGUCUUUACCUGGAAUCUUGGUGUAGCAUAGCCCACGUCAUCACCCGGACUCCCAGCUACUCGUACUACGCUCAUCCCAUGUUGCCAGAGUCUAUGCUAAGAUGCUACGAGCAGUUUUGGAAGACCGGAAUUUAGCUGCUCAUAGUGUAGCUCAGUCCAGACUUAUCUUGUGAGCCCGGGGGUUGCCUCCCUAUCCACCCCUAGCACCACGAUGCUGAAGAAGAACUUUGUGUAAGACCUGCACCCGUCCUUCCCCCUGUUUAGUACUGGGGCUCUGCUGGCAGGUUCCCCUGUCCCCCAAAUACACUUAAGCCUAGCUCUGCCCCAGGGCUAAGUAUACAUUUUAUUGAAUAAAUUUUAUUGAAUAAAGAAUAAUAAAUUUUAUUGCUAGAAAAGUCACAUGAGCCAAGAGUUGUAUUUUAAGGUAAGAGUAUCAAAAAAACAUGGUGAUUGCUUCAGCAAAGGGAAUGGACAAAAUAAUAAG